CGGUGGGAUGGCCGGGGCAGCGAGGAUGUUUUCUCAGAUUCAUUCUCGAGCGUGUGGACUCGUCAUCGACUGUUUGUUUUGUCGAUGGGCCUGCCUGCCUGGUUGUUUGUUUGUGGAAGAGAUCCAUGUUGGGUCGGGAUAUGGUUGUCGACAGGCAGGAGCUUCAUCCUUCUCCGCGAGAAGGGCACGAGGGAAAGACCCUUGCUGGGUGGACCGAGGCAGCGAGAAUGUUUUCUCAGACUCAUUCUCGAGGUCCAGAUGUCUUGCGUGGACUUCGUCAUCGACUGCUUGUUUUGCCGGUUUGCCUUCCUGCCUACUGGGCUGUUUGUUUGUGGGUAGUAUCCAUGUUGAGUCUGGAUGCGGUUGUUGGCAGGCAGCGUCCUCAAGAUGGGCAUGAGGGGAGGGGGCCUUGGUGGGAUAGCCCAU